AUUUUGAAGGGUUCCUAAACCUAUCAGUACAUUAACUUUUUAUCACUAUAGCAAGGGAAUUGCUUUAAGUUGUAAUAAAGCUUCAUAUUGUUUAUAAAGAUGAUAUUAAAAUCUGUUAUAUUAAUUGGAGGCCCGUCAAAAGGUACUAGAUUUAGGCCUCUUUCAUUAGAUAUACCAAAACCAUUAUUUCCUGUUGCUGGAUUACCAGUAAUACAGCACCAUAUAGAAGCAUGUUCUAAAGUGGACAAUCUUAGUGAAAUAUUAAUAAUUGGAUCAUACCUUGCAAGUGAUCUGUCUCAAUUUAUUCAGGAAAUGAUAAGCACAUAUAAAAUAAGCAUUAGGUAUCUUCAAGAAUUCAUUCCAUUAGGAACAGCUGGUGGCUUAUAUCACUUUCGUGAUCAAAUACGUUCUGGUGGACCUACAUACUUUUUUGUAAUGAAUGGUGAUGUAUGUGCUGACUUUUCUUUGCAAGAAAUAGUAGAUUAUCAUAAAGAGAAACAAGCAUUGCUUACUAUCAUGGCCACUGAAGCAACUAGACAACAAUCGUUGAAUUUUGGAUGUAUGGUUCUUGACAAAGAAGGAAAAGUUGCUCAUUAUGUAGAGAAGCCAUCGACAUUUGUUUCCACUUUAAUCAAUUGUGGAAUCUAUCUUGCUUCCUUAGAUAUCUUUCAAACCAUGGCUGAUGUCUUUUAUGCAAGACAAAAUCAGGAGAGUUUUACGCAAUUUAAUGGUAAUGGUAAAGAUCCAGCUCAUAUAUCACUAGAACAAGACAUAUUAAUGCGUUUAGCUGGAACUGGUCGUUUAUUUGCUUUACCUGUUCUAAAAUGGUGGUCGCAAGUUAAGACUGCAGGUUCUGCUAUAUAUGCCAAUCGUCACUAUUUAGCUUUGUAUAAAGCAAAACAUCCAGACCGUCUUGCUUCUACAGUUAAUGGAACUUUUCAGAUUAUUGGUGAUAUCUAUAUUCAUCCUUCUGCUACUGUUCACGAAACAGCAGUGCUAGGUCCAAAUGUAAGCAUAGGCCCAAAUGCUGUCAUUGCCUGUGGUGUUAGAAUAAGGGAGUCAAUUAUAUUAGCCAAUGCUCAUAUUCAGGCACAUUCUAUUGUAUUACACAGUAUUGUUGGGAAAAGCAGCUAUGUGGGAGAAUGGGCAAGGAUAGAAGGAACACCAUGUGAUCCUAAUCCUGACAAACCAUUUGCGAAAAUGGAAAACUUGCCCUUGUUUAACACUAAUGGAAAAUUGAAUCCUUCUAUAACAAUCCUCGGUACGAGUGUACGUUUGGCAGCAGAGAAAAUUGUAUUAAAUUCGAUUGUCUUACCGCACAAAGAACUGACUAGGAAUUUUAAAAAUGAAAUUAUUCUAUAAGGUAUAUGCAUACAAUGCAAAUCACAAUAUUUAAGAAAAUAUAUCUUUGUUAACUAAUUUAUAUGUGCAAUAUUUCGUUAACUGCUAUUGUAUAUUUGAAAUUGCCAAUUUAUAAAAUAGUGACUUUAAUAUAAAGUCAGUUUUCUAAGAAACUGAUACUGAUGCACAAUAUACAGAUUUAUAUAAGGUAUUUAUAUGGAUAUAAAUAUUUUCUAAUGUUACACACAAUUAUUAGUUUAUAUAUUAAUAUAUAUAACGAUAUACCAUGUACAAUAUGAGGAAAAUAGACAUUUUCGACACUUGUA